AUGACCAACAUGAACGGCGAUACUGGUUUUGAGUGUGCCGCUGACGGCGAAAAGAGCGCGCCUCAGCCCAUUGCCAUCAUUGGGUAUGCCUGCCGGCUGCCGGGGCAGGUCACAUCUCCCAGUGAGCUGUGGGAGCUAUGUACCCGAGCUCGCAGUGGCUGGUCCCCCAUCCCCAAAGAUCGAUUUUCCCUUGAGGCAUUCCAUCAUCCCAACCCUUCAAAGGUUGGCGCAUUCAACCCGGUGGGGGGCUACUUCUUAGAUGAGGACAUUGCCCGCUUUGAUGCUCCCUUCUUCAACCUUACUGUCCAAGAGGCGACAUCCAUGGAUCCCCAGCAGCGUCUGCUGUUGGAGUGCUCGUAUGAAGCCUUGGAGAGUGCUGGCAUUCCAAAAGAAAACCUUGCGCGCCGGAACGUGGGCGUCUUCGCCGGUGGAAAUUUCGCCGAUUACGAGCUCAACAAUAUGCGCGAUAUUGAGACCAUCCCUAUGCAUCAAGCAACCGGUUGUGCGCCCUCCCUACAAUCUAACCGCAUCUCAUACUUCUUCGAUCUACAGGGGCCCAGUAUCACAGUGGACACAGCUUGCUCUUCAUCUCUUGUAGCGCUUCAUUAUGCAGUACAGAGCUUACGAAGUGGAGAGUCAAAGGAAGCUCUAGUUGCUGGAUGUCGCCUCAAUGUUGUCCCAGAUCUUUUUGUUUCUAUGUCUAUGUCACAACUAUUUAAUGACGAGGGUAAAACCUACUCUUUCGACGAGAGAGCCACGUCCGGCUUUGCACGUGGCGAAGGUGCCGGUGUCGUUAUCUUAAAGCCACUUGAUGCCGCAAUGCGUGACCGCGACCCCAUUCGAGCAGUCAUUGCCAACUCUGGAGUCAACCAAGACGGGCGAACAAAGGGAAUCACACUGCCUAACGGCGAAGCUCAGGAGGAUCUCAUUCGACGUGUCUACCAAGAAGCAAAUUUAGACCCGGAGAAAUGUGGCUUUGCUGAAAUGCACGGUACCGGAACAAAGGCUGGCGAUCCAAUCGAAGCAGCAGCGGUUCAUGCAGCCCUGGGAAAGGGACGAACUCCGAGAAAUCCGCUCUACAUUGGAUCCGUCAAAUCCAAUAUCGGCCACUUAGAGGGCGCAAGUGGUAUCGCCGCAAUUAUCAAGGGUGCUAUGAUGCUUGAUAGAGGUCUCAUGCUUCCAAAUGCCGAGUUCCGCAAACCGAACCCUAAUAUUCCUAUGGAUGAGUGGAAUAUGAAGGUUCUAACCACCACCCGGCCCUGGCCUUCUGGCAAGAAAUACUUGAGUGUUUCUAACUAUGGCUUUGGAGGAACGAAUGCUCACGUCGUUCUUGAGAAAGCGCCUUUAGAGUCUAAAGCUCCAACUGAGGCAGCCGAAGAUGUCGAGGUGGACCCCAAGCGCAAGCUGUUCCUGAUUUCUGCCAAUGACAAAGAAUCUCUACGCCAUAGGAUCAAAGACUUCGGUGUUUAUUUCGAGCAGCAUCCUGAAGUCUUUGAAAAAGCCCUCUUCGGCAAUUUCGCUUACACUCUUGGAAACAAGAUGUCCCAGCUCUCCUAUCGUGUGGGAGUCUCGGCGACCUCCCUGGAUGAGCUUGGGAUACGCCUUGCUCAGCUGAAGGUUAACCCAUUCUUGGUCCUCGGUACUCCAAUUCUGUCAUUUGUCUUCACUGGCCAGGGCGCUCAAUGGGCACAGAUGGGUAUCCCUCUUAUGCAUGAAUACCCUGUCUUUGCAUCUGCCAUCACACGAGCCGAUAAAUGUUUACGUGACCUUGGAGCGGAAUUCUCUCUCCUCGAAGAGCUCGAGAAAGACACUACCACUUCCCAAAUCAACUCUCCACAUCUAAGCCAGCCGGCUUGCACGGUACUUCAAAUUGCACUCGUCUGUCUCCUGCAGUCUUGGGGUAUCCGGCCUUCUUCAGUGGUUGGUCACAGUUCUGGAGAGAUCAGCGCAGCCUAUGCCGCUGGAAUUUAUGAUUUGGAAGCAGCCGUGGCUCUCGCAUAUCGCCGAGGACAAAUGACGUCCCUACUCAAGGCUAAAUUCCCGGCCUUGAAGGGUGCCAUGAUUGCCAUCGGUGCUAGUCGCGAUGAUGUCCAGCCAAUGUUAAAGACACUUUCCGGAUAUGCCACCGUCGCUUGCGUGAACAGUCCUUCGAGUGUUACCGUCUCAGGAGAUGUUCUAGCAAUCGAUGACCUCGAACAGAUUCUACAAGACAAGCAGAUCUUUAAUCGACGACUGAAGAUUGACGUCGCCUAUCAUUCUGAUCAUAUGAAGAAUGUUGCCGAUGCAUAUCUCACUGCUAUCGAGAAUAUCCGGCCUUCUACAUCUGCCACGGCUGCAUUCUACUCUUCAGUUUUUGGUCGUCUCACGGAUCCCUCUGAGCUCGGUCCAGCAUACUGGGUUGCAAACCUGACAUCGCCAGUGUUAUUCCCCGAUGCUCUUGCUAAGAUCGUGUCGGAUGAUGAGACACGACCAAAUCUCUUAGUUGAGAUUGGCCCACAUUCGGCUCUAAAGGGUCCUAUUAUGGAUACCUUGAAGAGCUUGGGUCCAAUUACGUCUAAGAUUGGAUACGCUCCCACAAUUCUCCGUAAUGCGGACGCAGCUGAGUCGGUUCUUGAUACCGCUGCUGCUGCCUACGUGAGAGGUGUUAACCUUAACAUGAUUGGGCUCAACUUCCCCAAGACUGGUGCUGAGAAUCGCUGGUUCCUGACCAACUUGCCUCGCUACCCCUGGCAGCAUGGUACCCGGUACUGGCAUGAUGCACGCAUUCCCCGGAAGCACAUCACAAGAGAUGGUGCCAGAAACGAUAUUCUGGGCUUGUUGGCAAACUAUUCAAAUGAUCUAGAACCGACAUGGCGCAAUAUUCUCCGCUUGGAUGAUAUUCCCUGGCUCCGGGAUCACCGAAUGCAGGGUAUUCCCGUCUUCCCGCUAGCUGGCUAUCUGGUCAUGGCCAUUGAAGCUGCCCGGCGCGGUGCAGAGCAACAUGAUAUCCCAUUCACCCACUUUGAGCUUCGAGAGGUGGUCGUUGGCGCUGCACUUUGCCUCAGCGAUGAUACAGACACAGAGCUCAUUAUCACCCUUCGACCAUACACCGAAGGUACCCGUGGUGCAUCCGAUGUCUGGAGCGAAUUCCGCGUGUGUUCUUGGAACUCAAAGAGAGCGUGGACCGAGCAUUGCACUGGUCUCAUCAGAACCCGUACCGCCCAGAAGCAACAGGCCGCAGCUAUUGGCAACUCUGCUCAUGUCCAGAGUCAUUACGUGGAGAACCGAAUUGCCAAGGUGAACGCGUCGGCUUCGAAUCACAUUGAUAUGCCUCACAUGUACCAGGUUCUCAAUGACCUGGGCGCUGGAUAUGGUCCUACGUUCCAAGAUCUUGAGAACUGUUAUGCCAGCUCUCGUUGUUCGUUGGCAGAUUUGCUUGUCCCUGACACAAGAAGUGUUAUGCCAAAAAACUAUGAGUCUCCUCUGACUGUUCACCCGUCGUUCCUGGAUGGGCUGCUCCAUCUUGUUUGGCCGAUCCUUGGACAGGGUCAGGGCCGAAUGGACCUGGACACGCUUUACAUGCCAACGAUGAUUAAACAGCUGAGCAUCAGUCGCGAUCUCCCAACCACUGCUGGUGAUUAUGUCAAAGCCUACUGCAAUGGUAGUCCAAGUCUGCCAAAGCCUGAGCCGACUCAUUUUGAUUUGUUUGCUACCCCUGAAGGCUCGACAGAGGCAUUGAUUACGAUGGAGGGUCUUAUUAUGACUCCACUCAGAAAUGCCAACAAUCAUCGUGAAGAGGUUCGCAAAUUGUGCUACAAGAUUGAUUGGCACUCGUUGGCCGAGAUCGAAAAUGCCAAGAAUGAGACCGAAGAAUCCGAUGGUGAGGCAGUACCGAACGGCAAUGGUCAUGUCAAUGGAGCAAAGGUCACGAAUGGACACACAGAGCCAAGAGAGCCUGCUCAUGCCAAUGGCAAUGUUGUCAAACGACAUGAGUUGUUUGUUAGUCAUUUCGGCAAGUCUGAUGGAACUGCCGAUAAACUGAGCAAUCUGCUGUCUGAGACCCCUGGCUGGGAAGCUUCCGUGAAAGCAUUUGGUGAAACAGAUUUCUCCGACAAGCAUGUUGUCCUACUUCAGACUGGAGCUAGCUCUCUCAGGCACCUCACCGAAGAUGUGUUCGAAAGUCUCAAAAAGGCCCUGCUGAAUGCUCGUUCCGUGCUUUGGGUCUACCGAACAAACUCUCCUGAUGCACAAAUGACAGUCGGUUUGACUCGGACUUUGCGCUCGGAGACUCUGGCCAAGAUUGCUACUCUUGGAAUUGAGAGUGAAGACCUGGAGUGCCCCGAGAUCCCGAUUCUAGCAGCCAUUGAUUCCCUAUGGCCUACGGAUGGUACUGAACCUGUCACAGACUUUGAGUUCAAGGCCAAGGGCUCGGAGCUGUUUGUUCAGCGUAUUGUUGAAGACGAUGACGCCAAUGCAUUUGUUCACAAUGAGACUCACGAUAUGGCAAUCUCAACUCAACCCUUCAUCCAGCCUGGACGGCGAUUCAAGAUCCAAGUCGGCAACCUGGGUGCACUCGACUCACUCUACUUCGUGGAGGACAACCCACCCCCAUUGGGUGAGAAUCAGAUUGAGCUCGAAGUUAAAGCAACCGGUCUCAACUUCAAAGAUAUUGUUGUCACCAUGGGCCAGCUUUCGCAGCCUUACAUCGGAAUCGAAUGCAGCGGUGUCAUAUCGAGCGUUGGCUCAAACGUGAAGAACCUCAAGGUUGGCCAGAGAGUUAUGGCGUUGCCUGAAGGUGGUUUCUCUACCUAUGCGCGGUGCCCUACUACCAGUGUUGCGGAAAUUCCGGACACCAUGUCCUUCGAGGUCGCAGCUACAAUCCCUGUCGUGUUCUGUACUGCAUACUACUCGUUGUUUGACCUAGGUCAGCUGCAACCAGGCGAGCGUGUCCUGGUCCACGCCGGCGCCGGCGGUGUUGGUCAAGCAGCAAUCAUGAUUGCGCAAAUGAUCGGUGCCGAUAUCUUCGUUACCGUCGGUAGCCUUGAUAAGAAGCAAUUCUUGAUGACUCAAUACGGGAUCUCCGAGGACCGUAUCUUCUACAGCCGUGAUACAUCCUUUGCUCAUGGUGUUCGGAGAGCGACUGGCGGGGUCGGUGUGGAUGUUGUCAUUAAUUCUCUUGCCGGUGAUCUUCUUCGCGAGACUUGGGAAUGCCUAGCGCCAUUUGGUCGGUUUAUCGAGAUCGGUAAGGCUGAUAUCACGAAGAAUACUCGACUGGAUAUGUUGCCGUUUGAAAAUAACGUCACGUUCGCGUCGGUCGAUCUUACCAAGGUUGCCAAAUACAAGCCACAGCUGACGAAGCGCCUUAUGGAUGAUGUUUGUCAGCUGGUGCGCGAGAAAUCAGUUCAUCCUAUCUUGCCGCUUUCGACUUAUCGGAUCUCUGAUAUUGAAAAGGCAUUCCGUACUCUGCAGACUGGUAAGAGUAUGGGCAAGAUUGUGGUUGUUCCUCAGGAUGGCGAUCUCGUCAAGGCUGUGGCACCCAAGACUAGUUCCACCCUUCUGCGUCCGGAUGCAUCGUAUAUCUUGAUUGGUGGUACGGGUGGUUUAGGUAGAAGCAUGGCUAAGUGGAUGGCCACCAAGGGUGCAAGGAACAUUGUCCUUGUAUCCCGUCGCGCAACUAUCAAUGAAAGGGUGCAGGCCCUGGUUGACAGCCUGGCGCCCUUGGGGGUGCGAGUCAUUGUCAAGGCGUGCGAUGUCAGCAGUCAAGAGUCUGUCGAGGCGCUCGUCAAGGAGGAGAUGAAAGGUCUUCCCCCAGUGCGAGGUGUGAUCCAGGGUGCAAUGGUCCUGCGUGACAUGCUGUUCGAGAACAUGUCUCUGGACGACUUUACAGCCGUGACAUCUAGCAAGGUAGAAGGAACCUGGAAUUUACACAACACUCUAAUCGACUCCCCACUGGACUUCUUCAUCGCUCUUUCAUCCGUGGCCGGCAUAAUCGGUAACCGCGGACAAGCAGCAUACUCCGCAGCAAACGUCUUCCUAGACGGAUUCAUGGAAUACCGACAAUCCCUCGGCCUACCAGGAACAUCAAUCGACCUAGCCGCAGUCAGCGACGUCGGUUACUUAGCUGACAGUGGCGCCCAACGGCGCCAGGAAGUCCUGAAAAACAUCGGCAGCCAGGCCAUCAAUGAAUCCGAGGUCCUGGCACUCGUUGCUGCCGCCAUAACAGGAGACCUAAACCAGUCCUGUGUUGGGCAGUGCAUCACUGGACUGGCGCUGGACUCCCUGGACAAUAACUUCUGGAUCCAAGACGCCAAAUUUAGCGCGCUUUACGAAGCUGCUAAGGGCCAGGCUGGUAGUAGCUCCCAGCGCGAUGGGCCGUCCGUCCCGCUGCAGGUUACUUUGCAGGCUGCGUCAUCUAAGGAAAAUGCUUUGCUUGUGUGCUAUGAAGCGCUGGCCGCUAAAUUGGCACAGGUACUUGUCAUCUCCUUGGAGGAUAUGGAUCCUUCGAUCACUGUGGCUUCGUUGGGUCUUGAUUCGCUGGUGGCGAUUGAGAUUCGGAACUGGAUUGCUCGGGAGGCCAAUGCUAACGUGCAAGUUCUGGAGCUCUUGUCCAGUGGGACUUUGAUGGCCUUGGCGGAGAUUAUUCUGAAUAAGUCUCAGGCUUACACUUCUUCUUGA